AUGGGUGAAAUCCAACCAGAUGGGCAGCUACAAGCACAAAUGGUUACGCAAGUCUCUCCGUUAAUUCGAAUGAGGUACCUCGCCCAGAUCCAGCGGUUUAAAAUGGCCGGACAACAAAUUUCCACGGAAUUUCGUGGUGGUAAAUGGAAUGCUGGAAUUACCCUCAUUAAUCCUGACAUCAAUCGUGGACAAGUGAUGUCGGCGAUCGAUACUGUGCGUCAAGUUUCCAAGAGGUGUUAUCUUGGAACGAUGUUUUUCUACCAUUUGUCCUCACAACUGCCUGGUGGUCAGGAUGGAGUCUGGAGUUUUGGAGGAAAGUAUGUUUCCGACUUCUGGCAGCUUGCUGCAACUGUUCGGCCUUUUCAGUUGGCUUUCCAUAGUAGUUUUCACAUGAAAGUUAACGAUAAUUUACAACUUGCCGCCGAGCUUGAGUCAAGCUACCAGCAACAAACUAGUACCGCCACUGUUGGCUACCAGUACGACAUUCCAAAGUCAAACGUAACUUUCAAAACUCAACUGGACUCCAACUGGAAUGUUUCUGCAAUGUUAGAAAAGCGGCUGCUGCCAUUCCCAUUCACUUUCACCAUAAGCGCCCUUGGUAACCACGUCGCUUCGAAGUACGAAGUUGGUGUUGGUUUAACCGUUGGCUAG